GCUUUUUCCCAAUAUUUUGGAAACCAUGAACGGGCGCCCAAUGAGCAUACACAGCAGUACUGGUCCACAUGCAUACAUUAAUUGAGCCAGUCAUUCAAUGGAAUCUCACGAGUUUAUUAGAGGAGCUGCAGUGGUACCAAUGGAGAAAUACUCAAUUCGUUUCUUCCCAACAAGGAAAUUCUGUUUCUCUAUUCUGUCUAUCUUUACUAUGAUAUAUAUUCCUUUGCUUUUUGGAAAACCUGUCUACAAAUGAACAGAUGGCUACAGCGAGCUGCCCGCCAAGUGGACUCAAUGAAAAAUAUUAUGUUGGUAAUAAUGGAGAGUGUAUGAGACAGAGUAGCUUUUUUCAAGGCCAAACAGUGCUUAAUCAGGGCGUCGGGUACGCUGUAAUACUGGGGUUUGGUGCCUUCUUUGCUAUUUUCACUUCAUUCCUGGUGUGGUUAGAACGGCGCUAUGUUGGAUCUCGACAUACAUCUGAAUGGUUUAACACAGCUGGUAGAAAUGUCCAAACAGGGCUCAUAGCCAGUGUAAUUGUAUCCCAGUGGACAUGGGCUGCAACUAUUUUACAGAGUUCAAAUGUUGCUUGGGAAUAUGGCGUCAGUGGGCCUUUUUGGUAUGCAAGUGGUGCUACAAUUCAGGUUCUCUUGUUUGGAAUCAUUGCUAUUGAAAUCAAAAGAAAGGCUCCAUAUGCACACACUGUUUGCGAGAUUGUACGUGCUAGAUGGGGCUCUGCUACACACAUGGUCUUCCUUGCAUUUUGUUUUUUGACAAACAUCAUUGUGACAGCCAUGCUACUGCUGGGCGGUUCUGCUGUUGUAAAUGCUUUGACUGGUGUAAAUAUAUAUGUUGCUAGCUUUCUGAUUCCACUUGGUGUCAUUGUUUACACACUUGCAGGAGGACUGAAAGCUACUUUCUUAGCUAGCUAUAUACAUUCAGUUAUUGGUGUUCAAGUCCCUUACUGGCACUGAAAGGCUUCUCUCCCA